CCGCCAUUUUGUCCAGUGGGGGAGAAGUGAAAGGGACAGCGGAACCGAGUCUUGGCGGGAAAACAAGCGACUCCGACCGCGCUUACGGGGCACGGGGCUGCCGGACGACGUAGGGGAGGCGAAGAAGGGAAAGACUGGCAGCCGCUCCCGGGAGUCUUUUACACUCUUUGCCAGGAAACCGAGAUGCAUCGCGAUUCGUGCCCGCUGGACUGCAAGGUUUAUGUAGGAAACCUUGGGAACAAUGGCAACAAGACUGAAUUGGAACGAGCUUUUGGCUACUAUGGACCACUGAGGAGUGUCUGGGUUGCUCGAAAUCCCCCUGGUUUUGCUUUUGUUGAAUUUGAAGAUCCACGGGAUGCUGCCGAUGCAGUGAGAGAACUAGAUGGGAGAACAUUGUGUGGCUGUCGUGUCAGGGUGGAGCUGUCCAAUGGUGAAAAACGCAGUCGGAACCGUGGCCCACCUCCCUCAUGGGGUAGACGACCUCGAGAUGACUAUCGUAGGAGAAGUCCUCCACCUCGCCGCAGAUCUCCACGGAGGAGGAGUUUUUCCCGUAGUCGUAGCAGGUCCCUUUCUAGAGAUAGAAGGAGAGAGAGAUCACUCUCAAGGGAGAGAAAUCAUAAGCCUUCCCGUUCAUUUUCCAGAUCUCGUAGCCGUUCCAGGUCAAAUGACAGGAAAUAGAACUUCAGGAAGAAUGGUGUACAGGAAGUCACAUUUUGGUCUGAAGACAGUAUGUACAGAACAUUGUUUUGUUUAAGACCUCAUAAAGCUUGGUGCAUUUUAAAAAUGUUUUAGCUGUCAAUUUCUUUUUUUGUAACAGGUGACAUGUAAUAGUUGUGAAAAUGUAUAUGGUUUUGAGCAGAUCAUUCAAAGUGUAAUAAACCUGUUCUACAUUGUACCCUUAAGCAUAAACUAUUUUAAUGUUAGCCAGUUACCUUGCAGAGGUAAACAAAUCUUCAAUAAACCUACAGCAGCAAAUGUUCAUAGUCUGCUGGGUCAUUUUCUAGAAUCUGCAAAAAGUAAACUAAAAAAUAAAUUAACACAUAGACAUGUAAAUCAUGAAUAUUUGCUAUAAUUGUGAAUGGACAAUCUCUGCAGUAUGAAAUGUGGAGGCUUAAUUGACCAGAAUAAACUAAUGGCAAACAAUAAGACUGAAAACUUGUAGCCAGCCUUUUUCUAAAUCUGUCUUGAGUUCUGAUUUAUGCCAGAAUUGCCAUUAUUGUGCAAAAUUCAAAUUAACUAUUACAUCUUUUUAUGUAGAGCACUACUGCUAAAAUAUUUGUAAUGCAGAUUAACUGUUAAUUUGGAUAAGUACAUAUGUAUAAGGGUACAUUGUAGAUAGAAAUUUUCCUCAUUGUGCAUACAUUGUCUUGUCACUGUAAACUCUUGGAGAUUAAAGUUUUUGUUACAAAUCGUUCUAAGGAUUUAACUCUUGUAUCUUGACAACCAUUCGUGCAAAAUAAAACAUGCAAGUUGACUUA